CGAGGGGAGGUGGGGGUGGCUGAAGGGUGGUGGGCCGGCGGUGGGCGUCGGACGGGGAAGACCUGGAGCGAUGAGGCAAUUGCUGUGAGGCCGGCGCUGUAAGGCGGCCGGCGGCGGAGGCGGAGGGGACACCGGGCCACGGAUGAAUGAGGGCGCCCGAGGGUCGCUGACCCGCAGGGUCCUGUAGAAGAAGCAGCCGGGCGCGGAGAGCCGUCCCCUUCCCCGCGCUCUCCCGGCUAGGGCGCCACGGGGACGGGAGCCGGAUCCCCGACACGAUGAAGGACUUGGGGGCUGAGGAGCUGACCGGUCGGGAGGGGGUCCAGCUCUUCCGGCUGCUGAACCUCUACUUGGAGCAGGAGCAGAGAUUUCAGCCCAGGGAGAAGGGGCUGAGCCUGAUUGAAGCCGCCUCCGAGAAUGAAAACACUUUGUGUCCAAGACUGAGAAAUGUCAAGGUGGAAGAUCUUAGGAGUUUAGCCAACUUUUUUGGAUCACGAACUGAAACAUUUGUCCUGGCUGUCAACAUUUUGGAUCGAUUCUUGGCUCUUAUGAAGGUGAAGCCUAAACAUUUAUCUUGCAUUGGAGUCUGUUGUUUUCUUCUGGCUGCUAGAAUAAUUGAAGAGGAAUGCAAUAUUCCAUCAACCCAUGAUGUCAUCAGAAUUAGUCAGUGUAAAUGUACUGCUUCUGACAUAAAACGGAUGGAAAAAAUUAUUUCUGAAAAGUUGCACUAUGAUUUAGAAGCUACUACUGCCUUAAAUUUUUUGCACUUAUACCACACUAUCGUACUUCGUCAUACUUCAGAAAGGAAAGAAGUAUUGAGCCUGGAUAAAUUGGAGGCUCAGCUAAAAGCUUGCAACUGCCGACUGACUUUUUCAAAAGCAAAACCGUCUGUAUUAGCUUUGUGCCUUCUUAAUCUAGAAGUGGAAACUUUGAAAUCUAUUGAAUUAUUGGAAAUAAUUCUUCUCGUUCAAAAGCAUUCCAAGAUUAAUGAUGCUGAUUUCUCUUACUGGAGAGAGUUAGUUUCAAAAUGCCUAGCAGAGUAUUCUUCUCCUGAGUGUUGCAAACCCGAUCAUAAAAAGCUAGUAUGGAUUGUCUCAAGACGCACAGCUCAGAAUCUUCACAAUAGCUAUUAUAGUGUUCCUGAACUGCCCACAAUUCCAGAAGGAGGCUGUUUUGAGGAGAGUCAAAGUGAGGAUUCUGGUGAAGAUAUGAGUUGUGGAGAAGAAAGUUUGAGCAGCUCUCCUCCCAGUGAUCGAGAAUGCACCUUCUUUUUUGAUUUCAAGGUGGCACAAGCCCUGUGCUUCCAAUCUUAGAAAUCUCAUUGUACGAAGUACAAGUUUGGAAUCCGCCUACAGGUUUCUAAGCAAUAAAUAGGGGAUAUUCUUCCCCUCCCCUUUAUCUUUCAGGAAGGAGUUGCAUGGACUGGAUCCACCUACUUUCUGUUUGUUAUUCAGAUCAGAUCUGGCCUAUUUUCAUAUUUAAUUCUAAGCCAUUAAAUGGGUUUAUGCUUCUUAGACUAGUAGUGAAAAUACUUAGGGUGGCACUUUUUUUUUUCUUCUGAAUAGUCAUGCUUUUUUAGCUGGGGAGGGAGGAUGAUUAGGGGAGGGACAAUUUGAACCUUGAAUUUACUACUUUUCAGAGGUUUUUUUUUUUUUUUUUUUUUUUUAAUUAAGAUAAAUGCAGUCUAAGUAUAUAUGGGUCUUUUACAAUUUCACAUAAAGUCUUCAGGUAUUGUCAUUUAAACAUAUUUGGGAGUGUGCCUAUGCUCUCUUGGCAGGGACAGUAGAUAGCCCUUUAAACAGUUUUCACAAAUGUGUCUUCAUGAUGGGGGAUACAUUCAAACAUGUCAGGAUAUGCUUUUUAAAAAUUGAAUGUAAUAUCCAAUACAGACCCAGCAAAACUUAAAAAUGUAGUAGUCUUGAUCUUGUGCAUUUUAAUAUUUAGAGUCUUAGUUGAAGUUGAUAUACUAGCUACAGAAAUAUUGACAAGCUAAGCUUGGUGGCAAGUAUUUGCAUUCUUUUUAAGUAAGUGUUUUUAGCUCUUUAGUUUAUUUUAGUGUUUGAUAAAAUCAGUAAUCAGAACUAGUUUUGCAUGCAUAUGUAUAAAAGCUCUUAGUGCUGGAUAAGGUUAUUUCAUAGAACUGGGUAAAUGUGGAUGUGACAACAAACACAUGGUUUUGUUGCAUUACAAAAAUCAUAUAUUGGUAUGAUUACAGUAUAUGCUCUGAGAAUACAGGAAGUUAAUAGAAUUAAUUCACAUUUCAAGAAUAACGGUAUUAGACUGGGGGCCAAGGUUGAAAUAUGAAGUAAAAAAGAUGUCCAGUAGUGUGUGUGAGUAAAUGUCUGUGCUGUAGUACAGAUGUAAGAAUGGUGAUGUGUGAACUGAUAAACUUUGUACACUUUGGGUUUUGUACAAAGAAUGUAUUUUAAAAAGUUUACAAAAUGUACAUAAAAAUGUAAAUCUUAAAAAAAUGUACAUAAAAAGUACUGUAUUUUUUUACAUUGUGUAACUGUAGACAUUGCAUGUAGAUAUAAUUUAUUGUGUAUUCUGUAUCAUAGAAACUGUAUAUUGAUGACUUGCUUUGUUUCUUUUCUAUGUAAAUUGGCCUCUGAUUGUUUUUCCAAAGUAGAGUUAGGGGUGAUCUGACAGAUUACCACUCAAAAUAAAGGAAAAGUUAAUGAAGCAUAA